AUGCUUGCACAACUCUUGCUUACCGUCUCGAUACUAACCCUUCUCUCAUCGCAGUAUGCAGUGGAGAAGCGGGAUUGCAGAGAACAAUGGCUGCAGUGCGGUGGACUUGAGUACUCCGGGGAGACAUGCUGUAACCCGGGCCUGAAGUGCGUUAAACUGACGGAUUACUACUCUCAAUGCCAGCCGGACCCUGCGGCAACGGCAGGCGGAGGCGACAAUCCGGUGUAUACGCCGACCGGACCGACAGCAUAUACAACAACCGUACCUGUGAGCACGACAUCGCAUGCUCAGUCGCCCUAUCCAUCUCCGACUGGCUCCAACAAUGGAUGCGGCUCAUGGCAGAUGACGGAAGGCGUAUGCUGCCCUUUAUACGAUAAGAACAACAAUCGAUCCGAAGGCUGCAGCGGCAGUGGGGGUAAUUGCGUCACCCCACCGGCAGCCAUGUGCAAGAGCGGAACCAUGUAUCCAGAAGUUCAUUCAGUCUCUUCAGAUGAGCCGUGGCAUUACAGCAGAUCCACGCACUUUGGUCUCACGUCGGGCGGUGCUUGCGGCUACGGCCUCUAUGGCCUCUGCACCAAAGGGUCAAAGACCGCCUCCUGGACGGACCCUAUGCUGGGCAGUACUUGCGAUGCCUUCUGCAACGCAUACCCGAUUUUAUGCAAAGAUCCAUCUGACAAGACCCUCCGCGGCAACUUCGCAGCGCCCAAUGGAGACUACUACACUCAGUUCUGGCCGUCGUUGCCGGGAGACUGGGACAACUACCUCUCUUGCGGCGAGUGCUUCGAACUGAUCCGGACGAAGCCCGACGGCAGCGACUACGCCGUCGGCGAAGCAGGCUACACGGACCCCGUCGUCCUAGAAAUCGUAGAUUCAUGCCCGUGUUCAGCGAACUCCAAAUGGUGCUGCGGCCCCGGCGCCGACCACUGCGCCGAAAUCGACUUUAAAUACGGCUGCCCACUGCCCGAAGACUCGAUCCAUCUAGACCUUUCGGAUAUCGCUAUGGGAAGGCUCCAGGGCAACGGCAGCAUGAACGACGGCGUCAUACCAACUCGUUACCGUCGCGUCCCCUGCCCCAAGCCUGGCAACAUCUAUCUCUGGAUGCGCGAAGGCGGCUCAUCGUACUACUUUGCACUCACCGCCGUCAACGCCGCGGGCAUCGGCAGUAUCAUCAGUAUCGAGAUCAAAGGCGCAGGCUCUACUACUUGGGUCCCGCUCGAGCGAGACCCGCAUUAUACAUCGAGCCGGCCGCAGGAGAGAUAUGGUGCGUGGACUAUCCCGCAAAAUACCGGGCCGUAUAAUCUCCCUAUUGCGGUGCGCUUGACUAGUGCCGCGGGCCAGCAGGUGGUGAGUGAGACGGCGAUCAACAGUUUUGAUCCGCCGGCGGGUGCGGUGAAGGGAUUCUGGUAUCUUGACACGGGCGUACAGUUCUCAAACUAG